AUAGAAUUAUAAAGAAAAUGGCUAAAGGAAAAAUAUCUAAUAGAAAACAAGACUCUAUGGAUCCAUCUAUGACUCGGACUCUGAGGUCAAGGAAAAGGGGAUAUCCAAUUGAGAAAAUUACUGUAGAUGAUCACCAUCAGGACUUGGGAGAGGCAAAUACCGAAGAGACAUAUGUGCAAUGUAAUCAGGAAGGUGACACGCAAUAUACUGAGCUGAACUCAUCAGCUAUCUCUGAUGAAAAGAAUGGAGAGUCUGAAACCCCAGAAGUUAAUACAGCUGAUCUUAAAAGGCAGUUAGUGAUAAAUUUAUCAAACUGUGGACAUGACAGCAAUCAAAAUAAAAUGGAGGAGGAAAAAAUACCAAAUGAAUGUGAAUCACCAGCUUCUUCUGAUUAUCAUAAUGAUGUCAAUGCUGAGAUGAAGCCUAAUGGUUCAGGAGAACAAAUUAGUGUAGAAGACAACCCUCACCAAAAGAUGGAGACAAACCAAGAAUUGGAUGAAAUCAAGCUAAUUUCCAUAGAACAAGGGGUUGAGGGGUUAGCCAAGAAGAGGCGAAGGUUGGGCAGGGGCCGCUUGUCAGAAAAGGAGCAAAGUCUGUUUUUACGUAAAUGUGCAAACAAAGCAGAAAGUAGUGAGAAGCAAAAUGAAUAUACAAUGGUGGCUGAAGAGGAAAAGGGAUCUGUAGUUGAAGCAUUAUUGCCUCAUCAACAAACGACUGAAAUGAUGCAACAGGACAAUCUAAAAGCUGAGUCAAAACAGAACAAGGAUGAAUGGUCAGGAAUAAAGGUGGAAACCAAAGUAAAAGCUGCUGUUACUGAGAUGACCAUGAAGUGUGAGCCACUGACCAGAGAAAUGCACAUCUCAAAGGCCGACCCAAAGGGAGAUGUGCACUCUGUCAUUACAAAGCCACAUGAUGAGAAAGCAUCACAAAGGAAAGUUAUCCUGAGCCACUUCGUGACAGAGACUGAAGCACAUCUCACGGUUUCAAUAUGUGAUGCAUUGUCUCCAAACCUAGAAAACUAUGAACCAACUCAAAAGCCUCAUUUGGACAAAGAGCAGCUGUUGAACAGAUCUGAAACUGAGUGCCAUUACACAGCUACUCUGCUUGUUGCUGAUUCCUUGUGUGAGCCUCAAAACCCAGAGCUGCAAACAACCAAAGUUCAGUUAGACAGCCCUUCAGGACCUGAUCCAACUGCAGAACUUUCAAACACAAACCAGAAAAACAUGAUGAAUGAACAGCAGCCUCUGAAAGAAAUAGAAGUGACAUCGACUGACAAACAACAUGAAAACAAACAUGCAGACAAAGAUCACAGCCAUAGUGAAAGUUGUAACUCCAAAACUAACCCAACUGAGAAACCACCAAUAGAGCAGGAACUCUGUCACCAACCAAACACAUGUGACAAGAUGUUUUUGGAGAAUCUUUAUCAAAUCAUUGGAGAAAAUUCACACUUAAUCCACACUUCAGUCAGUGAUGUUGCACUAGAAACAAACUGUAACUUUGUGGAUAAGGGUCAUAUGAACAGCAGUUGUGCUGAAAAGGAACAGUACGAUACAGACACUUCAACAGAGAACAUGGGACCACCUCAUUCAAGAGAAUAUGUGUCAGACUCUCAGCUAAACAACAUUGACAUGACAGAUCAGAUAACUGAUGUUGGAACAAGGGUUUCUCCUGAAUGUUAUGAAGAUGUCACAGAUCUGGUUGGUGGGCUCAUCAGAGAACUGUCUUCGUUAAAUCGAAUGGUGAUGGCCACUCACCGCGAGCUGGAAAAUCUACGCCGCAGGGGUAAAACCUCAAGGAAUACAAUUCGUUAAGAGUAAUAUGUUUGUUUCUCUGGGGUUUAAGUUCAGAAAAUAUACAAAUAGUAACCGAAGUAACCUGCAUUUAUUAAACAGUUAGCCAGAGGCAUAUUGUUUUUACUGCCACACAAAAGUGUUUUCAGUGAGUUGAAAUAAAUGUGAUUUGUGUUCUCCAAAGAUGCAAAUGUAAACAUCAAUAUGCUGUGUAUUGAUAUUUUUAUAAAUGUUUUUCUGCAA